AUGACCUCCCGAUUUGGAAAGACUUACAGCCGGAAAGGGGGAAACGGCAGUUCCAAGUUUGACGAAGUAUUUUCCAACAAACGGACCACCCUUAGUACCAAAUGGGGAGAAACCACCUUCAUGGCCAAAUUAGGACAGAAGAGACCCAGUGUCAAACCAGAUAUUUCCGAAGUUCCUAAAAAACCCAAAGUUGAAGAUGAGAUAACAGAGGAUCCAUUUGGAUUUGACAGUGAUGAAGAGUCUCUUCCUGUGUCUUCAAAGAAUGUGUCGCAGGCUAAAAGCUCCUCUCAGCUGGAACCCGGUGAAGCUGCUCAGUCUGAGGACUUCACUCCUCUACUUGAAGCUAACAGCAGAAUUAAUCAGCCAGACAGCGGAGAAGACGUUGCAUCCGGCAAGUGCAUAUCUGUUGACAAUACUGUUCCUCUCUUGAAAGAAAAGAGCACGAGCAAAAACGUGGAAGAUGGAGAAUGCAAAGGCAGCAGUGCUAAACUUGUAACUGCAGAUAAAAUACAGAAUUUGAAUGAAGAUAAUGAGAAGAACAGUCAUUUCAUCUACGAGAAUGCUGAAGACGGUAACAAAGCCAAUGCUGAAACUACAGAUGCUUCUGGAUACAACAUUGAAGUCAAGGACUUGCCUGAUUCUUGGGACUCCCACAUCGGAAAAACAGCAGACUCUCCAUCAGAAACAUCUCAGACGAAGGGGCCAUUAACAACUCACUUGUAUGAAUGGGAAGAUGAAACUGAAGACACCAGAACUGGAGAGUAUAUAUUAGAUUUUGACAAUGAACAUCUCUCAGAGAUGAAGAGCAAGGAUGAGGAGUGUGAUAAAGAAGAUACUGAAAAUCCAAAGGAAGCCAUUAGUGAAGAACUUGUGCAAACUGUUCCUAGGCCAAGCAACUGUAGGACAUACUGUCGAUCCAACAAAGCAAAACCGCAGGGGGCAACAAAUUUUGACAAGCUAAUGGAUGGCGCUAGUCAGUCUUUAUCCAAAGCAAACAGUGAGUCAAAUAGCGAUGGUCUGAACCCGGCAAGAAAAGUUUCUUUAAGUAGUGGGACCAGUUUUAGAGGGACGGUUGGACGGACUAGAGACUACACUGUUCUACAUCCAUCUUGCUUGUCAGUUUGUAAUGUUACUAUACAGGAUACCAUGGAACGAAUCGAUGAAUUUACCACAGCAGCCCCUACUGACUUGGGAGAAGCUGGACGCUUAAGAAAAAAAGCAGACAUUGCUACUACAAAAACUACAACCAGGUUUCGACCAAGCAAUACUAAAUCCAAAAAGGAUGUAAAAUUAGAGUUUUUUGGGUUUGAUGAUCAAGAUGAGGGAGGGGGAGAUGAAGGCGCCUCUAGAAGUUCUGGGAGUUCCAAUUACAAAAUCAAGUACUUUGGGUUUGAUGACUUGAGUGAAAGCGAGGAUGAAGAUGAAGAAUGGCAGGUAGCAGAAAGGAAAGCUAACAAAAAACGAAGUAGAACUGCACCAUCUUCUUCGCUACAGUCAACCUCUGACGGCAAUGAAAACUGUUCCCAGGAUAGCCAGCUCAGUACUAACGCAGAUCUUCUGGAGUUUUCGGAGGAUGCAUCUGGUGUGCCUGAAGGCAAUAAGAAAUCCACAAAUAAACAAGGUGAUAAAUCUAAGGAAAACACCAGGAAGAUUUUUAGUGGGCCAAAGCGG